CCGGACCAAAUCCAUUCCGAUUUAAAACGGAAAAGCCCAGCUGCCCCCAUUCCUCCCCUGCAAUUCCCACCACCACCGGCGUAAGCCACGAUGCUGCUGGUAAGCCAGGCCGCGAACGGCUCCCUCUCCGCGCGGCGGCUGCCUUCCAAGCCAGCCGCCAGCCACCGGAGCGCCAACCCCUACCCUCUCUUCGCCAACCCCCGCGUCGCGCGCCGCCGCCUCGCGCUCUCCGGCGUCGCCGACGCGCGUGACGCGCCCCGCCGCGCGUCCUCCGCGCCGCCCCCGCCCCUCGCGGCCGCGGGGGAGGGGCCCUCCGGCUCCCCCGCCGCCGCCGAGGACCCCACCGUCCUCGUCGGCGUCUCCGACGACCGCGUGCCCCUCGAGGGCGUCAUCCAGGUCGAGAGGCCCGGCGACGGCGCCGCGCAGUCCAAGCUCGUCUCCUACGCGAAGGUGGGGCUUUUGGCCGGAGGGGAUCUACUUUGCCUUCUGGUCUUCUCUGCGAUAGGAAGGCUGAGCCAUGGGCUGCCCGUUCUUGACGCCGAGACGUUCAAGACGGCCGACCCGUUCAUUGCUGGUUGGUUGCUUAGCUCCUACCUCCUCGGUGGGUUUGGAGAUGAUGCAAAAGGAAGCAAUGGUGUGGGAAAUGCUGUAACUGUUGUGGCAAAAUCCUGGGUUGUCGGGAUACCGUUAGGAAUUGCCAUUCGUUCAGUGGCAUCUGGGCAUCUUCCACAAACUCCUUUUAUCUUGGUGGCCAUGGGGAGUACUGGGGUUUUGUUAACUGCUUGGCGAGCUCUGGCUUCCCAACUUCUUUCCACUGGACAGAGCAAGAAGGAUGAUGUCUACAAGAAGGGAAACCCCUUCGAGCUUUUUGAGUUGCUCACAUCGCUGGUAAGGAGGUGGUGACAUCUGAAAUUGAAAAUGGAGAUGAUUACCAUUGACCACUAGGUCCGACAAUCUAUUGUGUAAGUACAAUUUUGAAGGUGAAGACGACCGGAUUAGAACAUAGUUGGAGCAUAUGGAGGACCGGAUUCUUUGACAAGAUCGCAUGAGGCGAAUCACGUAUGAUAAUAUUAAGAUGUAGCUGAUCAACCACUUAUAAUUAUGUUCAGCUUGACUCUUAUCAGUCUAAUUCUAAUGAAUAAACUGUGUCUCUUCUCUUGA